AUGGAACGUGGUGAUGGGUUCAAUCGUUUUUACAAGCAUGCAAAACCAAGUUCAGGGUUGAACAUCAUACAUGGUGGCUCCUCAAACUCCAACAACGACAAUGGCAUCGUCAGUAACACCGCCGGCACCAACAAUGGCAACGCCGCCAACUCAAACACCAUGCCUCCGCCGUCUACGGUACGUGAACAGGAUCAAUACAUGCCUAUAGCCAACGUGAUCCGUAUCAUGCGCCGCAUCCUCCCGACGCAUGCGAAAAUCUCCGACGACGCCAAGAUAACCAUCCAAGAAUGCGUCUCGGAGUACAUCAGCUUCAUCACCGGGGAAGCCAACGAACGUUGCCAACGCGAGCAACGCAAGACCAUCACCGCCGAUGACGUGCUUUGGGCCAUGGGAAAGUUGGGUUUCGACGAGUACGUUGAGCCGCUCACCGCUUUCUUGAACCGCUAUCGGGAAACCGAGAACGAGAGGACUUCACUGCGUGGAGAGCCGAUUCUGAAGCGUGGUAUAGACUAUGGGUCGUCGAUAAUGAUGGCGCCGCCUUACGGACCACCUGGUUUCCAUGUGGGACAUCAUCACCAGGGGUUUCUCGAUGGGACAACCGCCAUGGGAGGGUAUUUAAGAGAUGGUUCUGGGGGUGCUGCUGGAGGAGGAUCAUCUUCUUCACAGGCUUCUUUGACUAAUAAUAACUUUGAUCCAUUUGGUCAGUACAUGUGACAAAGAUAAAGAUGAACAAAAAAGCAAGAAAAAUAUGUGUAAACAGAUAAACUCGAG